GUGGAUAUCAGCUGAUCUGUUCUGACGGAGCGACGAAGCGUCACUGACUCGGGGGGCGACUGUGGUAUCUGUCCUAGAUGCGGCGGUCUAAUGUCUGCGAUCGGAAAGUUGCAUUGUGGCAUGAUGGCAUCCACAUGCUUCUUAAAAGCAGGAAAGAAUAGUUAAACGACUCGCUAGAGCUAACUGAGGCGACUGUUGAUAUUAUCUCUACGCUGUCGUGCGUUUCCCCCAACAGAAACAACUUUGCAAAUGGUGGACAGGCAGGGACCUUACAUCUGGCCUUAAGGCCUGGCUGUUGCGUUCAGCAGCAAUAAUAGUAAAAUAGUAACAGUAAUAAUAAUCGGAGGUCGUUCUUUAGCUGACAGUAAUAAUCUAAAGAGUUACACAGUUAUAGACGAGCAGUCCAUGCAUAUUUGCUGGUUCGUACCCGGAUAUUUCAGACGCACCAGCCGUAAUCGUCCGAUCGCGAAAGAUGUGGCUGAAGUUAUUUUUCCUGCUACUCUAUUUCUUCUUGCUGUUCGUUCUGGCCCGUUUUUUUGAAGCUAUCGUCUGGUAUGAGACCGGGAUUUUAGCUACUCAGCUGGUGGAUCCCGUGGCUCUGAGCUUCAAGAAGCUGAAGACAAUCCUGGAGUGUCGGGGUUUAGGAUACUCCGGUCUACCCGAGAAAAAGGAUGUCAGGGAGCUGGUGGAGAGAUCAGGCACCCUGAUGCAAGGGGAGCUGUACUCUGCCCUGAAGAACGAAGAGGAGGACACAGAGCCAGCAUCCAGCACCAGCUUCAGUGGAGAGGUGCACUUUUAUGAGCUGGUUGAGGACACCAAGGAUGGCAUCUGGUUGGUGCAGGUGAUUGCGAAAGACAGAGAGCCGCUGCUCACUAAAGCCAACUGGGGGAAAAUGGUCCAAAAGGUCUCCAAGUUCGGCAUCCGAACUGGUACUUUCAACUGCUCCAGUGACCCCAGGUAUUGUCGUAAGCGGGGCUGGCUGAAAUCCACUCUCAUCAUGUCUGUGCCGCAAACGAGCACGUCAAAGGGGAAGGUGAUGCUGAAGCAGUACAACGGCAGCCGCAUCGAAACUGAGCACAUUUUCAAGUGGAUGACGGCACUCGUGGCGUCCCGGAUCAAAACCAUCCGUGUACCCCAGCAGCUUCUGCAGGAAUGGAACCGGAGCGACCAGCACCCAGUAAAGAUGUUCCUGUUCGCCAAGCUGGUGCAGCCUCCCGCCUUCUUCUCAGCACUCAGCGUUAAGUUCACGGGUCGCAUUGAGUUCAUCUUUGUGGACGUGCAGGACUGGGACAGCAACCAGUGCAUGGAAGAUAUCGGGGUGCGUCAGGUUCCUUCAUAUAUCCUCAAGACCCCGGAAGGCACUUACAGGUAUGGGAAUAGUACGGGAGAGUACAUCUCCCUCCAUGCCAUGGACACGUUCUUGCGCUCUGUUCAGCCGGAGGUCAAUGACCUAUUUGUGCUGAGCCUGGUUAUGAUCAACCUCAUGGCCUGGAUGGACCUGUUUAUAACGCAAGGUGCCACCAUCAAACGUUUUGUCGUCCUCAUAAGCACCCUGGGAACCUACAACUCUCUGUUGAUCAUUUCCUGGUUGCCCAUCCUGGGGUUCCUCCAGCUCCCAUAUCUGGACAGCUUCUACCAAUACAGCCUGAAGCUCCUGCGAUAUGCAGACACCACCACCAUCGCCUCUUGGGUGAGGGCAGACUGGACCUUCUACUCAUCCCAUCCUGCACUGUUCCUGAGCACCUACCUGGGGCACGGGCUCCUCGUUGAUUACUUUGAGAAGAAGAAGCGUCGCAGCAGCAACAAUGACGAUGAGCUCAAUGCCAACAAUCUGGAGUGGUUGUCCAGUUUGUGGGACUGGUACACCAGCUACCUUAUCCAUCCCAUUGCCUCCUUCCACAACUUCCCCAACGAGUCAGACUGGGACGAUGACCCGGACCUGCUCCUGCAGAGAUUGGCCUUCCCUGACCUCUGGCUUCGCCCACUUGUCCCCACUGACUACAUCAAGAACCUCCCCACAUGGAAGUUAGGGUCUGCAGGCAGGUUCAGUGGGAGACAGAGUUCGAAGGCGACUGGCGAAGAAGACCGAGGUGGCACCGCAAGUGGGGAGCUGCAGAACAAACCAGGGAACACACAGGAGGAUCUGACAGAUGGCGAUCACCUCGGUACGGGAACCGGAGACGCAUCUGGGAGUGCAUGCGAGGGCCCCGGCUGCUGCAGCUUCAGGAGGGGAGGCAGGAGCCACUCGGUCUGCUCUGAAGCACCGGUUAGGGAGUCUGACUGGUCCUCCUGGCCCCCGGACAUGAUGCAGUGCACAGAGUGCGUCGUGUGCCUGGAGAACUUCGAGGACGGCUGCCUCCUCAUGGGACUGCCCUGCAGCCACGUGUUCCACCAGCAGUGCAUUGUAGUCUGGCUGGCGGGUGGCCGUCAUUGUUGCCCUGUUUGCCGGUGGCCCUCCUUCAAGAAAAAGGCGGACAGGGAGGAGCAUACAGUGCAUGGGAGGGGACAGUACUAGCAGAGGGCGGAGCACAUCGCUGGGGUGCGGGUUUGUGUGUGUGUGCGUGCGGGUGGGUGUGUGUGCGCGUGCGUGCGGGUUUGUGUGUGUGUGUGUGUGUGUGUGUGUGUGUGUGUGUGUGUGUGUGUGUGUUGGCUGGGUAACAGGUCCCCGUGCCUAUCCUGUCUCUGAUCUCAGUGUGUCAGUGUUAGUCCUUAGAACUUUAAGGGUUUAUUUCCUUUUUGGGGCAGAUCAGUUUAGAAAGCAGGUCUUUGGUGUGACACCAUCAUUGAUUUCAGUCGCCUUAUUCAUUUAAAAACAAAAAUGACACCUUUCGGAGUGUCGGAAAAACACGUAAAUUUACACUAAUGGGAACCAAAUUUGUUCAUUCAUUCCUUCUUUGUGUUGAAAAUUGCAAAAUCGAGGCACAAAAUGGAAAAUACCAGUAAAAUAAAUCCUUAACCCUUAAGUACCUCUGAAAGCCUAAGGAAAAUUAUUUACGUAAAAUUUUGAAAAGGCAGUAAAACAGUAGUGUAUGGUACCUCCACAUCUGGCCUAGUCUGUAGAUCUGCUCAUUGGAGCAGGCUGUCCUCCAUAAACCUACACAGCCUGCAGUCUGUCAUUCAGGCUGCAGACUGAAGCAUCAAUUAGUGUUCAACAUAAAUGUUUAAUGUCAUCUCUUGGCCUCCAAAGCAGGGCUGGACUCUUUAAGCUGAGCACUUUGAACAUGCCACCCAUUCCAGAAAAAGGCAGCUGACCCUGUAAAUGGUAGCAGUUGGGCAACAGGUCUGUCUAAGGGCAAGGAUGUAGAGAGCAGAUCUGCCCCCGUAUGUGACACUGGGAACCCUCUCGAACCACCUGACCUGGUGAAAGGAACCAAAUCAACACACUACUUUGUGUCUGAUCUUAUUUAUUUUUAAAAGUUUUUUUAAACCUAACUUGUGGUAAGGUGAUCCAGACUCUGAGAAAUGCUAACACUUAAAUGCAUUGGGUGACUCUUCCCAAAAUAAUAAUAUUCGUUUCUUUUUUCUGCCUGUUUUUGUGUCUCUAAUGUAUCCUGUUGCAUCUCUAGGGGAGUUAAACGUAAGCUGCAAGUCAGGUAGAAGAGGACCAGUUCAUUCAUCAUGUAGAUAAAACGGGAAAUGGAACCCAAACAAAAUGGUUUUGUCAAACUCAUUUCUGGCGAAGGGUGUCAUUGUGCUGAACUGGUUAAGGACUAGCCGAACUUUAUACCCCUCAGUGAAGUGGUUAUACUGAACUGCUUUGAGUAAAAAUAUCAAGCAGUGCAGAAAAGUAAAAGACCUUAGGAUCUGCAAGGUAACUUAAUAAUAAGGUCUCAUCCCACUGCUAAUUGAAGCCUGUGAACAUGUGAUUGUAUUAUGUUCUGCAAUACCUAUUCCUAUUUAUAACCGGAUCAAAACAUGAAGACAUAUUUAUAUUGUGGAAAUUUGUUAGUGUUUACUAAAUUUACCCAAUAAAAUAGAAAGUGGGUUUUUUUUUUUUUGAAGGAGACCUGCCAAUUGGGAGCCAAAUUAGAGAGUUAUAUAUAUAUCUAUGUGUAUAUACAAUAAAACUUGAUGCUGACCACUCAAUAAAAAAUGUAAUUCUAAAA